UUUUAUACGUUGGUUAUUCAAUAAACGUGUAUCUUAUCGUGGCCAUGUGGUCGCUACUUCCAGUCUUGAAUGGAUGGACUUGGCAAAAAAAAUUGCCUUUUCCAGCGCGUUAUCCGUUCGAUGUUACAAAAUCGCCGUAUUAUGAACUAGCCUAUGUUUACCAAUUCAUCUGUAUUUGGUACAUAACUGUUGCCAAUUUAAAUUUAGAUACAAUUAACAUAGCGUUAAUGAUGUAUACAUCGUGUCAGUGUGACCUUUUGUGCGACGAUUUAAAAAAUCUUACAGAGACGCGCUUUUUUCAUAAAAAACUGAUUGAAUGUAUUAAGCAUCAUAAAGCAAUUUUAGUUUUUGCAGAAAAAAGUAAUGGUUUAUUUAAUAUGAUUGUCUUGAGUCAAAUUGCCACAAGCACCGUGGUUCUGGCCUUGACAAUGUUCCAGUUGAGCAUGGUAAGCCCUUUGAGCAGUGAAGGUUUGAAUCAUCUCUUCUACAUUGGAGGUAUUAUAAUGCAAAUUCUGCUUUACUGUUGGUUUGGAAAUGAAGUUGAAGCAAAGAGCAGCAAUAUUUUAUAUGCAAUUUAUGAAUCCACUUGGUUUGAAGCGUCGAAAAAUUCAAAAAAAAAUUUAUUAAUUUUUUCAAUUAGAUGUCAGCGACCAAUAAAAGCUACAGCAGUUAAAUUAUUUGCACUUUCACUGAGAACUUUCAUAACGAUUGUCCGCUCCGGAUGGUCCUAUUUUGCAGUGUUGUACAACGUUGGAUCUAAAUAAACUCAUCUUAAGGUAGGAUAUUAUGUACUGAAACAAAACACCUACAUGCUACUUAAUCUUAUCUCCGAAAACUAUUAAAUCGAAAACAACAACUUUAAUGUUACAUUUUUUUAAUAUGCGUUAUUAGAAAGGUCGGUUUAUAAAAGCAUCAUUAAUUUAAUCCACAUUUAAAUGCUUGGUUAAUUGAAAAGAGAACCACUUGUAAAAUCAAAAUAUCAAAGAUAGAAUAAAAACAAUAAUUUUUUAACGUUGCCACAUAUUCAUUAAUUAAAAGCAAUUUUACACAGUGAACAGACAC